AUGGGGAGAAAACUGGACCUUUCUGGCUUGACUGACGAAGAAGCAGAGCAUGUGCUCCAGGUGGUUCAGCGAGAUUUCAGCCUUCGUAAGAAAGAAGAGGAAAGGCUGAGUGAAAUGAAGCAGAAGUUGGAUGAAGAGGGUAACAAGUGCAGCAUCCUUUCCAAGCAGCAGAAGUUCAAUGAGCACUGCUGCAUUCGCUGCUGUUCCCCUUUCACAUUUCUGAUCAACAGCAAGCGACAGUGCCAAGACUGCAAGUACAACAUCUGCAAGAGCUGCAGCACUUACCAGAAAAAGGAGAAGGCUUGGAUUUGCAGUGUCUGUCAGCAAGCAAGGCUCCUAAGGACCCAAUCUCUGGAUUGGUACUAUAAUAAUGUCAAAAGCCGCUUUAAGUGUUUUGGAAGUGCCAAGGUCCUGAAGAACUUGUACAAGAAGCAUAGACUGGAGAGUGGACUUUGUCCUGAUGCAAUAGCAGAAGGAAGUUUGUAUGAAGGAAGCUUUGAGAAUGAAGGAAGCAUUUGUGGCAGUGACUCUACCUUCUACCAACAGACAGAAGGACACAGCAUGAUGGAUACCCUUGCUGUGGCCUUACGUGUUGCAGAGGAAGCAGUGGAAGAAGCUAUUUCUAAGGCAGAGACCUACAGUGACAGCCUGGACAAGCAGAAUGAAGCUUGUUACUUGCAGGAGCACAAGGAGGACCUCAUAGAAGAGCUGGCCACAACCAUUGUGCAGAAGAUUAUAAAGAAGCAGAAGAGCAAACCCGAGCAGGCUGAGGCUGACUUGGAAUGGCCGCCAUCGCGCAGCAGCGGCCUGGCGUCCGGCGCCGUCUCGGACCAGAGCAUGCUGACAUUCCCAGGGAGCCGCAGGGGCUCCUACACCUUGUGGAGGUCUCAGUCUGCAUUCUCCCUGGCUAGUGAAGAUAUGGCCAAUAAAGGACAAGACCCUGCAUCAUCUGUGGCCGAGGCUCUUGGGAGGCAGCAAAAGGGACAGUCCAGGAAGCAGAAGGAACGCAAGCACUCUGCUUUACCCAGCUGGAAGAGUGUAGACAGGCUAAAUGAAACAAGUCCGCCUUCUGUUUUCCAAAGCACCGAUGGAAACUGGGUAGCUUUGCAGAACGUCACCCUGCCUCGUCCUCGAAUGCUGGCCAAACCAAAGAGUCAGGUGUUCAAAGCUUUGGAGAACGAGUCCAGCAUUGUGUCUGCCUAUGACGAGAUGGGCUCGGACAGCGAGGAUGACUAUGACUGGAACGUGGCCUUGAACAAGCUGCGGCGGAGACCCCGGCAAUUGCCAGACGACUUCUAUUACUCCAAUUCCCAGUAUGGCACCGAGUGGGUUUAUGGCAACAAUCAGUACCAGGCAGUGACCUCCCCCUCCUCUGGCUUAUACACCAACACUGAGACACUGUUCUCUGAUUCGGAAACAUCUUCAGUAAACUCUUCCCAGGAAGCUAAAGGACCUAGCAAACUUCUCUGGUUGCAGAGCAGAACUCAAAGUGAAAUGCCCAGAAUGGAAAAGAAGCACUUCCAUGGAGAACUAGAUGUGAACUUCAAUCCACAGGCAACUAGCUUGGAGUAUUCAGACAGCAGUGAGACUGAAGGAGUACAUUACGAUUUAGAAAAGAGAUCAAGAAGGUGGAAGAAGAACAAAGCCAUCUCUGAAGACUUAUGUGAAGAAAAGAAUCAGGCAAAAGCCAACAAGAUGAAUUUAAGUCAGGAUUUUGAUGAUUUAUCAGAAACAGAUGUAAGCAAUGAGGAUCAGCACCAUGAUGUCAAGCCUGAACUUAUGGAGGACGAGCUUAAAUCCAGGUUAUUUCAGCUUGCUGCUAAAAUGAGUGACAAGGAAACAUCAUCUGGUGAAGAACAAGAGUCAGAACCUGGAAUAGAUCUGGAAAACCAGAAGGAGAGUUUGUCCUCAGAGGAAAAUGGCAGAAGUAUCCAGGAAGAGUUAAAGAAGGAAAAACAAAAGGCUUUUGAUCUUCAUUUAAAGCUGCAGUUUUUAUCCACUGUAUUGCAGCAGAAGUACUCUGCUGUCUCUCUCUGCAACAUAUCUACAGAAGUCCUGAAAGUCAUCAAUGCCACUGAAGAGCUGAUAGCAGAAUCCACCGAUCCCUGUGACUUCCCAGAUGACGUUCAGGACAGAGGGAGAGGAGCCCUCCCGCUGGGCACAGAUCCUGUCAGACUUGAUGAGCAGCUCACCACGCUGGAAGAAAAUGUGUACCUGACAGCCAGCACGGUGUAUGGGCUGGAGGGGCAGCUGAACAACCUGGAGGACGCCGCACGCAAGAUCAACAGCGUUACUGAGGAAUCUGAGCUGGCUGAUCUGGAGGAUCAGGUGGCCACAGCAGCUGCCCAGGUUCAUCAUGCAGAGCUUCAGAUUUCAGAUAUUGAGAGCAGAAUAUCAGCUCUCACUGUUGCAGGCUUGAACGUGGCUCCCUGUGUUCGCCUGACAAGGAAACGGGAUCAAAAGCAAACAAACCAGAUGCAUACAAUAGACACAUCAAGACAGCAGAGGAGAAAACUUCCAGCUCCACCAAUAAAAGGUGAAAAAAUAGAUGGCUCUCCAGUUACCACUGUCAGAACAUUUAACAGAAACUUCAUGCUUCAAGGAUCUCUAACACAAAGAACUAAAGAAAGGAAAAGCACUGCCAAGGACUUAAUGGAACCUGCUAUAGGAUCUGCUGUGAUGUACUAAACUUACUCUUCCCUACUGCCAAUAACACACUGCCUAAGGCUGUACACUAGAGUGCCUUUUCUUAACAGCCAUUGUGUAUGUCCAGCUGAAAAUGGACCCUCAAGAACCCACAGAGCCUCAGUUAUAGGGCUUCAUUUGGAUACCUCACUGAGAAAGCUGUCCAAGUCUUCAGCAUUGUGGUCCGCUACAGGAAACUCUGCCUUAAAGUUCUCAGAGGACUCUAGACAGGAUGCUAUGUUUCAAAAGCAAGGCUCCACAUUUUAAGAUGCACUUUUCUCCCUAUCGAUUGUACUAAAGUAUGUAGUCUUUAAACUGCAGUAUGUUUUUGUACACUCAAUCAGUCAUAAUUAUAGGCCAAUUAAUCUGCCAAAGCAGACCUGUGAUCCAUAUUUGCUGGCCUCUUACUAUUCAUGUGGGCAUCUGUCUUGUCGAGCAAUAAGAGCAACUCUGCAGUGUGUGCUGCUUUUCAGCUGCGUAGAGGGAGAGGAGAAUUUGUGUACCUCACUCUGUUCCCAGGGAGUCAAUGGAAGUCUUGGGAGGGUUGGUAGGAUGAGGAACAAUUCUCUGUUCUCUGAGAGUACAUCUUGCAGAUUGAAUGUUCCAGCUCCAGAGCUAGGGAUAUUGCUCUAGGCAGCAGGGGUGUCAUGCUGAACCAGGAAUUGGUGGCCACACAUGUGGAGCAGAUGUCUGCUGAGUUGGGAUCCCAGUGUCUGGAAACAUCUGAACACUGUUAAAGAAACCAACACCUUCAUAUGUCUUGUUCUUGGCAGCAUUGUCUACUUGGUGGUGGCCAACUGUGCUGCAGUUCAGAAUAAAUUGUGUCAAAACCUUUAAGAUUAGAAAAAAGAGGUGAAAGUGUUGGGGAUCUCUGCUGACUGGUGGUUUAGGGGUGGCUGCAACUUGCAAGAGAUUCCUUUCUGAUGUUUACUGGUGUUUCUGAGAAGGAGGCAAAUGUAGCCCAGACAUCAGUUCCUGUACUAAUCUGGAGCCACCAGAGAGUAGCUGGGGCCUUUUGCUGGUGCCAGUGGACCCCACUGUUACUGGACCACUCUUAAUUGGAUUGUGAAUAGUAAUAUUCUUUCUUUCAUUUCUUGAGACCCUUAACAGGUGAGUCAAACUAGAAGGCCCUUUGGCAGAUGCCCAGGAGGGAGGAUGCUGCUUACAGGGUGUCCCUCUCACCCUUUUGUGAGAGAACAUUGCCAUUUUUUUGCUCUGAAGAAUACAAAGAAGGUAGUCAGAGGAGGUGAUAAGCCAGUGAAUCCCUUACCUUCCACACCAGUUGCACAGCAGGUACCCAAGUGCAGAUGGGGUUGAUGUGAAAUAUGCUAUGAAGGAAAGCAUGGGCUGUAAAGUUCCCUUCAGCAUUAAGGAGUGGUGAACUCUCCCAGGAGCUGUGGGUGCCAGGAAGGAGAGUUCCUUCAUUCCCUGGGCUCCCAGUGAACACCCACGAGCAGAGUGCCACAUGUUACCUGCCAUGCAGCAGGAAAGCAGUUCCCUAGGACACCAGGCCAUGAAAUGUCUGUGGCUGGGCAAAUACCAGCAAAACUGGGCAAAUUUUCUGACUAGGCUGGAUAUAGGGGGGUGAGUGGGGAAGACAACGAAUGGCUGGAUGGGUUGAUUGGAAAGACAGUGCCAGUUGCAAAUCUGCCAUCCACAUUUGACAUCUAGCUUGUCAGUAUUCUGAUGUCCAGCUGCAUGUGAGGAACUCUUGGAAUAAAUACAACCAUCUUCCCACUUACAAUACAUAAGUGUGACUCCAUUCCUUCAAGGAUUUUUCAUCUGCCCAAGAUCUGACCCAGUGUCUUCAUUCUGGGUGAAAUUAAGCCUUCUUUUACUCUCACACAAUACUAGUUCUCUGAAAUUGGUUUGCACAGAUGUGAGGGAAGAAUUUGGCCCACUCUGUUUAAUAUAUAAAUAUAUAUAUAAAACAAAUAGAUUUUAUUUAUAUAUGCAAUCCAGUAAAGGAAAUUAAACAGAGUAGGAUGCCUAGUAAUUUUUUUGUUUUUCAGUCUCCUCCUCCAUUGACUGUUCUUGUGUAUGUAUACAAUACAUUCCCAGGUUCUGGUUUAUGCAGGUAUGCGUGUUAUGAAAUGUCAUUAAUGGUGGUUGGUCUGCAUAUUCGUCUAAUAAAUAAUAACUAAUAUUGUGUAUGUAAUAUCAAUACAGAAAUGACUAAUUUUAAUAGAAUAACUCUCUGGCUUUUGUUCUGUUAGUGUGAUUUAAACAAGCCAACAAAGUUUGGAGUAGGUUGUUUUCCUUCAGAGGCAUGAAAAGCAACUAUUAUCGUGUUACAAUGUUAAAAUAUUCAGUCUUCUUUGACAAACAAAUGUGUACUGUGUAGGCAUUGCAAAAAAAAAAAAAAUUAAAAAAAAUCCCACCUGCUCUAAGCAUUUGAAUUUUUACAAAUGUUUAUCGUGCCAAAUACGUGCAAAGAUAUAAUUUACUGUUUUAAAAAAAUCAUAAAAGCAUAUGUUAUAGCACACAAAGAAUUAUUUUGUCAUCAGGUGAUUUCAAUCUUUAGUGUUAAUAUUUAUAUUUAGAUUAAUUUUUAUAAAUGAAAAUAUUUUAAUGGGUAAAAUGAAGACUAUAUGACCUAUUUGAUUAAGUCUGAGUGAAUAUUAAGCUUGCCUUGUUGUUGUUAUCUGCAUACUCACCAAGAAUUAUUGUCAAGAGAAAUUAUAAAAGAGUAAAAGCGAUUUAUGAAAAGAAUGCCUUUUCAACGACUUGAUUCAUAAAGAAAAACAAAAAUUUC